AUAUUAUGAUUUCUAUGACUAUGAAGACCCAUGUUUUGUGCUCUAGUUUCUUGUUGCAAGACCUUAUUUCUCCCCCUCCUUUCUCUUACAUAAACUGACACAAAGUAAGGCGAUUUUGUAAGUGUUUUGUCUUGGGGUUAUAACAGCAAAUCCCAUGUUUUGUGUCCACUAUGAGCACCCAAUGAGACCAAAAACACAGAAUUAAGAAUAAACCCUAUUGGCAUAGCUUCUACCAAUCAACAAGAAAACAAAUUACUUAAAUAUAGUUGCAACACAGAAGACAAAGCUCCCACCUUUAUAUCUUUAUAAAGCUUCCAUCUUUUGUUUCCAAACUGUCUUUGUUUGUAUCUCAACAUGUCAAAUAUCUCAGCAGACGAAGGAGGUAGCUUCUCUUCAGGUAAUACUACUGGUGCUGUUGUUGAAGAAGGUCAACAAAGACUGCCACCAGUAGUCAACUCUCAAGAUGUUCCAGAUUUAUCUAAAAAGAAGAAAAGAUCCUUACCAGGAACACCAGAUCCAAAUGCCCAAGUGAUUGCAUUAUCACCAACAAGUCUAAUGGCUAAGAACAAAUACAUAUGUGAAAUUUGCAACAAGGGUUUCCAAAGGGAUCAAAACCUCCAACUGCAUAGGAGAGGACAUAACUUACCAUGGAAACUUAGGCAACGAACCGGCACUGAAAUAAUCAAACGUGUGUAUAUAUGUCCUGAACCAACAUGCGUCCACCACAAUCCAGCUCGUGCAUUGGGCGAUCUAACUGGGAUCAAGAAACAUUAUAGCCGAAAACAUGGCGAAAAGAAUUGGAAAUGUGAGAAAUGUUGCAAAAGAUAUGCUGUACAAUGUGACUGGAAGGCUCAUUCCAAAAUUUGUGGCACCAAAGAAUACAAAUGUGACUGUGGUACCAUCUUUUCCAGAAGGGAUAGCUUCAUAAUGCAUAGAGCCUUUUGUGAUGCACUUGCUGAAGAGAACAACAAACUAACCCAAACCAUUCAACAAGACCAUCACAAUACUCAUGAUCAUCAACCCACCCAAAACAUCAAUCUCGCAACAUCCAUCACUUCACCCGAGUUUAGCCAUGGCAAAACACCAUCAGAAUUAUUACGUUUGAACAUCAUGCAAGCUGGCCGUGGAAGCCUAUUCCCUAGAAACGCCUCGCCUUCUUCCCUACACCUAGCUGCUGGCAGCGCCCUCUCCUCCCCCCUCACUUCAGCCACUGCCUUGUUACAAAAAGCAGCUAAAAUGGGAGCAACAUCUAGCAAUAGUGGUAUGAACAAUUUUGUUACUACUAUGGCACCUUCGUCGUAUGGUGCAUAUCAUAGUACUCACACCCUGGUUGACCAGUAUCACCCUCAUCAAUCACAGAUAUCUGGGAUACUCGGCGGUGAAGAUUCAUUGUCGCGCCUUUUUAACCCAAGUAUUAAUGGAGGAGGGGACUUGGAUGCGUACUCUGCGUUCUUGAACACUAGCAAAGAGGCUGUUAACGACAACAACAUUAGUCACAAUGCAAAUGCGGGAUUGAGUGAUUCCAGAAAUUCUUUACUAAUGUUUAAAAAGGAUGGGAAUGGUGAUAACUUGACGGUUGAUUUCAUGGGUGUGGGAGGAAUGAGAAUAAGGAGCUACAAUGAGCAACAUCACCAAGGGAUGGAAAUUUGAAACAUUUGAUUUUGGUAAUAAUAGAUAGAGCACAUGCAGAGAGAGCAUUUUCAAAUGUAUAGAAAAUAUCGUGCAUGUCGCUCUUGUGGUGUAAUAUAUUGAAAUAUUCAUCAACUAUAGUAUUUAACUCAUUUAUUUGGGUUUUAAAAUAAUAUAGAGCAUACUAUGCAUGUAACUACUUUAAUUUAAAUUAGGUUUUUUAGUUCAGACA